AUGGGCAACUUCAUUGAGUCCAGAAUCCUGGAGCUUUCUGAUAAAACUGGAGUAGACGAAUUGACACUGAAACUGGCAAUCUGCCUUUUUUCAUCUUUCCCCUUCAACGCAGUUUUGAAACGUUUACCAGACCACAAAACCUCUCUGAAAUGCUGGUAUAUUGUGGCUGUCUCGGCAUUCUAUUUGUUUGGGGUCCUCAACAUUUUCACCGGAUUUCGUACCCUGUUUUUGAGUAGUAUGUUCACAUAUGUGAUCUCCAGGUUCUACAGCUCUAGAUUCAUGCCCUUCGUUAACUUCGUGGUUGUUAUGUCUCAUUUGGCCAUCAACCAUUUCAGCGUUCAAUUUUUCAGCAAUGCUGAUGAAUCCAAACUCGAUAUCACAGGAGCCCAGAUGGUCCUGGUCAUGAAGCUGACGGCAUUUGCAUGGUCGUACCACGAUGGUAACCAAGCAGAUCAAACCAAACUUUCAGAAUUUCAAAAAGCACGCGCUAUCAAAAACCACCCUAAUCUCUUGAGUUUUAUGGCGUACACUUUUUUUUAUCCUUCCUUAUUCACUGGACCAAGUUUUGAUUUUGCCGAUUUUGAGUCAUGGCUCAACUGCGAGGUUUUCCGUGAUCUGCCCGAUACGAAAAAACCCAGACGUCGGUGGACAACCUCAGAUCCUAACCUCCGCAGACAGAUCCCAAAAUGUGGACUCUUGGUACUAUGGCGUGUUGCGCAGGGCAUUUUCUGGAUCGUACUAUCAACAAUCCUGCCCAAUUACAUCUCAAAGGAGUUUAUGUUCACAAAAGCGUUUGGACAAAAGUCUUUCCUGUACAAAAUCCACUACCUCUACAUCCUCAGCUUCUUGUUCAGACUCAAAUACUAUGCCGCCUGGACCGUAUCGGAAGCUUCGUGCAUAUUGUGUGGGCUUGGCUACAAUGGUUAUGAUCCACUUACAAAGCAAAUAAAGUGGGACAGAGUGCGCAAUAUCGACAUUUGGAAGUUUGAGACCGCUAGCAAUACCCAUGAGGGCCUUGAGGCGUGGAACAUGAAUACUAACAAAUGGUUGAAACAUUACGUUUAUUUGAGAAUUGCAAGACCGGGAUCUAAACCAGGUUUUCGCAGUACACUAUUCACUUUCCUCACGUCCGCGUUUUGGCAUGGCACUAGACCCGGCUAUUACCUCAGCUUUGCAACCGGUGCGUUAUAUCAAUCCUGUGGCAAGAUAUUCAGACGCAAUUUGCGUCCUCUAUUCUUGAAUGCUGAGGGGAAGGCACUUCCGUCGAAGAUACUCUACGAUGUGGUCUGCUUUUAUGUCAUGAAACUUGCUUUUGGAUACUUGGUACAGCCGUUCGUGCUCUUGGAAUUACCUUCUUCUUUGAAAUGCUGGAGCUCUGUUUACUUUUACUUGCAUCUAGGCAUUCUGGUAACUUUCCUGAUAUUCAAGGGACCAUACGCUAAAUCUGUGAUAAAAUUCCUUCAGGCUCAUCAGGCCGCCACUGUUGCUAAAAAGGAGCAGAAAGAGAAACUUGAGGAGGCAGGGCCCCUAGGCGAGAUUGCCAAAGCCAAACGGCUAUAUGAAGAAACUGAAGCUAUUCGUGACAUGCAACUUGGAAUUCCAGAUGCAGAUUUUGACAAGUUCGAUUUUGAAGAGGCUAAACGCGACUUUUCAGAGUUCUUCGAAUCCUAUGAGAAAUGGAGAGCUGAGAAGGGCCUGGAAAUUGAAGAACACAACCUGCAACGAGCCUUUGAAAAUUUCAAAAGGGAAUUGUCGUCUGGUCAGGAAAGACGAGCGAGCUUCAGUGUGUACUCGCCUCGACCCAUUCGCAAAGAAGACUAA